AACCCCCACCCCUUCCUCCCUCCCUCCCAGAUCUGAUCCCAUGGCGCUGCCCAGCUCGCCACCUUCAGUUCCAUGCCCUUCACAAAUAUCUACGCCAAAAACAGAGCCGUCCUCAUCACAAGAAGCUAUUGCAUUCAAAAAAUAUAUCGCGGCCUUCAACCCCUCCGCUCUAGAUCUGCCCGCCGACAAUGGCGGAGUCGUCGGAGCAGUUCAGGGAUCAGUCUCGCCUCCCCCGCUUCGCCAAGCCCCUCCGCUACGACCUCGUCCUCCGCCCCGACCUCGCGGCCUACACCUUCUUCGGCUCCGCGUCCGCCGCCGUCUCCAUGUCCGUGCCAACCCGCUUCCUCGUCCUCAACGUCGCCGAGCUCGCCGUCGACCGGUCCUCCAUCCGCUUUCAGGACUGGGCGCCGACGGAGGUGCUGCAGUUCGAGGAGGAUCAGAUCCUCGUCCUCGGGUUCGUCCGGGAGCUGCCCCCCGGCGAGGGUGUGCUCACCAUGGACUUCACCGGCACCCUCAAAGACCAGAUGGGGGGCUUCUACAGGAGUGGAGAACCAGAAGGUGAUGAUGGGGACAUUCAGCCCUCAGCAGGAGCCCUACACGUACAAGGCCGAAGAAGAUAGCACCCCAAGCGACAUCUUUGCGAGGGGCUCCUAUUCUGCUAGAUUAAAGUUUGUAGAUGAUGAUGGGAAGGUGUACCAGGACAUGAGCUACGGCUUUGAGAUCAGGAAGGACUGGCUUGCCCUGCCUAAUUAACAACAGCAAGAGAGACUUUUGACUCACCUGGAAAGUGGUGGGAAGAUGUCGAUGAUGCCUACUUGGGACAUUCA